AUGGCUCUCAAGUGUACCAAACUGCAGUCGGACGGAGCUGCCGGUCAGCGAUCGGAGCAGUUUGGAAGACUGCUUAUUCAAAUCGUUGUGAGAUUGGGUUGGGCAGAGCCGGAUGACAAGCAAGGACCGAAUCAUAAACAAUCUGCAACUGAGUUGUCCUCUGAUCGAGUUGAUCUGUUCUUAUUUUGGCGUGUCUCCUUGAAAGAAUUAAUUGCAAUCCUCAACACAAGACUGCCAGGGGAUGUCAUGGAAGCAAAGGAAUCCUCGAAGAGCGGCGAAAGGAAAAAGGUCUUGAGCACCAGAUUUGGAAGUUUUGGGGAAGAAGAGGAGAACGGAGAGAUGUGCAGUUUGCGGUGA